AUGAUAAAUCUUACACACAAGCUCCUUACUCCCCCCUCCAUGAGCGAACUAAACCAUUGGAAAAAUCCCUAUUUUUUACCCAAGAUGACCCCUCUGUGAGCAAACAAAAUUUUUUAUCAAAAAAUAUUUUUAUAUAUAAAUGAUAAUUAUUAUAAUAAAAUCUCAAGCUUUCUCUGUUUAGGGUGCAGGCCAAAUGACUUUACCUUUUUGAUAGUGUCUAUUUCACCGAAAAAUUUUUGGCCGAAAAUUUUUGAUAGUGAGACAUUUGACCGAAAAAAACAGUUAAUUUUCGGCCAAAUGUCCGCACUAUCAAAAAUUUUCGACCAAAUGGAUUUCGAAGAAAAUUAGACUGUCAAAAAUCCACGGUCAUUUGACAUGGAGCCCUCUGUUUUAAUUUUAAAUAGCAUAAAUUUCGCAAAUUAAAUUAAGUUUUUGCUUCUCAAUUUUUUACAGAUUGAAAUUUUUUUUUUAAAUUUUUUAAAAAACAUAAUUUUAUAUAUUUAUAAAAUCUUAAAAAAACACAAUUAACUCAUCCCUAUGAACGAACCAAAUUUUUUAGUUCGCUCACGGAGAGGAAGCUAGAAGAUAUGAAGGCAGUCUCAUGCCUAAAGAUGUUGUAAUAAAAAGAUUCCAGCUGAAAACUGCCACAGCUCAUGUUUUUGGUGUGGAGAGGUGAAAUGGUGCCCACGCAUUAUGGCUUAAUGACGCUCUAGGUGCAAUUUCCCCUAAAUGCAUUAUAACACAAUUACCGGCAGAUUUACCAUGAUUCAUCAAAGCAGAUGAAAACGUGAAUCUUGAAUGGACAAAUUUUCUGAAGACAGGGAAAGGAAGAUUUUUAUGCAGCCCAAGGCCAAAAUAUUUACAAGAUAUUAUAUUAAAUGCUGAAAGACUAUCACAUUUUAUGAUAGGAGCUGUUCUCAAUUCUCCAGAAGAACUCACCAAUAUAAAAAGCAUAAUGUAUACGAAUACUCAUGAUAGCUUUAUACCUGAAGAAAGUGACCCAAUGAAACCAGAUAGUUUUACUACAACUUUAUUAUGGGCAGCCAGCAACCCUUCAAGACUUGACUGUUUAAUUCCUUUUGAUUUACCUGAACUUAUAUAUAGAGACCAAAUAGCUAGAACUAUCGAUCUAAAUACUCUUAGAGAAGCUUUAAAAACCUUACUAGGAGAAUUUGAAAAUGAGAAAAAAUAUGACCUGAGGUUUGUAAACCCCCAAAUCUUUAUAAACAACAAAGUAAAUUAUAUGGCAGAAAUCAUAAAGCAAACAUUAAUAACAUACCAAGAUAACACAAUAGUGGUGGCAGUUGAAAAUAAAUUAGUCGAUCCACUAACUGAGGCAUGAAAAAAUGUCCCAUAUGAUUCUGUUUCUUUUGACGAAUUUUUAACUAUUCCUAAAAUGGACAAAGAUACGACUUUUUCUAAUUACAUAGAAAAGCACGUCCUGCUUGACAUUCUCCUUGGUACAUAUAUAAGCCAAUUUUAUAUCAAAAACAAAUUAUUCCCUUAUUCAGCACAUGGAGCUGUUGGGUCUGAAGGACAAAGUUAUAGUACAGCUCUUGAGUUUUGGAAAAAUUUUUUUAUGCAGCAUUCUGAGGAAUUGAAAAAAACUUUGGCGAUUUAUAGAAAAAUUGAUAACUCUGAUAUGGGAAGGAAAUUUAAAAAGAUGGAAAAGAAAAUUAGAGAAGAAAAGAUUAGGGAUGUUGAAAUAGAAAAAGAAGCCAAGAAAUACUCGAAGAUAACUUCAGAUGAAGAAGUAGAUGUUAACGAGCCACAAUAUCAGAGGAAAAUGAAAGAAUAUAUAAAAAGAUCGAAGCGUGAGCAAGAAGAAAGCGAUUAA